AUAUAAUCAAACUUUUGUUUUAAAUCAGAAACCCUAAUGAUGAAAAAUAUAGAUCUAUCCGGAUUGGAAACACAGCUUUUUCAACUAGACUCUUGCCCGUCAGAGGAGCUGUUGAAUGUUUAUUUGAAAUGGGCUUUGAAGAGGGAGAAACACAUCUUAUCUUUCCUAAAAAAGCUUCAGUGGAGCAGCUGCAAAAAAUUCGUGACCUCAUUGCCACAGAGAGAAGUAGCAGAUUGGAUGAAUCAAAUAAGAGCCACAAAGUAGAAUUAUCUCAGCAACCUGCAACCAGUACCCAGCUUCCUACAGCACUGUCUUCAAAUCCUAAUGGGUUAACCCAGCAUGCAGGGAACAGUGAAGGGCAGUCAUCAAAUCCACCAUCUGCUCCAAUGGUUACUGCCGAUUCAGUCAUUCUAAAAGUUCUUCGGUCCAACCUUCAGCAUGUGCUGGUCUAUGAGAAUCGUGCUCUCCAGGAGAAAGCAUUGGCUUGUAUUCCAGUCCAACAACUGAAAAAGAGAUCUCAAGAAAAAGUAUCUAGAGCUAGAAAAUUGGAUAAAGGUACUAAUUUAAGUAAUGAGGAUUUUCUUUUGCUGGAGCUUUUACACUGGUUUAAGGAAGAAUUUUUCCAGUGGGUGAAUGACAUUUUGUGCAGCAAAUGUGGUGGCAAGACUAAGGCUAGAGGUGAAACAUUAUUUCCCACUGAUGAUGAGCUAAAGUGGGGUGCAAACAGAGUAGAAGAUCAUUAUUGUGAUGCAUGCCAGUUCAGCAGUCGGUUCCCAAGGUACAAUAAUCCUGAGAAACUUUUGGAAACAAGAUGUGGACGAUGUGGCGAGUGGGCCAAUUGUUUCACACUGUGCUGCCGAGCCUUAGGGUUUGAAGCUCGCUAUGUGUGGGAUUACACAGACCACGUCUGGACCGAAGUCUACUCCCUUUCUCAGCAGCGGUGGCUGCACUGUGAUGCAUGUGAAGAUGUCUGUGACAAGCCGCUUCUCUAUGAAGUAGGCUGGGGCAAGAAGCUGUCCUAUGUCCUAGCGUUUUCUAAAGAUGAGGUGGUUGAUGUCACUUGGCGAUAUUCUUGUAAACAUGAAGAGGUAAUCUCCAGAAGAACUCAGAUUAAAGAAGAUUUACUUCGAGAAACUAUUAAUGGACUUAAUAAACAGAGGCAAAUAUCUUUGUCAGAAAACAGAAGAAAAGAACUUCUCCAGAGGAUAAUUGUGGAGCUUGUUGAAUUUAUAUCUCCCAAAACCCCUAAACCUGGAGAACUUGGUGGAAGAAUAUCUGGGUCAGUGGCUUGGAGAGUAGCCCGAGGUGAAAUGGGUCUAGAGAAAAAAGAAACCUUGUUCAUCCCCUCCGAAAAUGAGAAGAUUUCUAAACAGCUUCACCUUUGUUAUAAUAUUGUGAAAGAUCGUUAUGUUCGAGUUUCAAAUAAUAAUCAAACCAUUUCUGGAUGGGAAAAGGGUGUGUGGACAACUGAAUCCAUAUUCAGAAAAGUUGAAACAGACUGGAACAUGGUGUAUUUAGCCCGAAAGGAAGGAUCAUCUUAUGCUUCUAUUUCCUGGAAGUUUGAGUGUGGGUCAGUUGGCCUAAAACUAGAUAGUAUUUCCAUUAGAACAAGCAGUCAGACCUUCCAGACUGGAACAGUACAGUGGCGACUGCGAUCUGGUGUAGCACAAGUAGAACUGUUGGGCGAUAAAAUUCUUCGCUCCUAUAAUGAUUUUUCUGGUGCCACUGAAAUUAUUUUGGAAGCAGAAUUAAGCAGAGGAGAUGGUGAUGUUGCUUGGCAACAUACUCAACUAUUUAGACAAAGCUUAAAUGACCAUGAAGAAAAUUGUUUGGAGAUAAUUAUAAAAUUCAGUGACCUUUGAGAACCUGAAUAUUGUAGAAAAGCUGGCAAUAAUCAAGGACUUACCAUGUUUUCAAUUAGUCUGUUGGUUCAGUGCAUGCUUAGUGGGCAGUUUACUACCCUCUGCUAGCAUAUUUUUUUGCUGGCUAUCCAUCAUGUAACCCUCAUGAAAAUAUAUCUUUGUACCGUGGACCAUAAUGAAACCUCGAAUUAAA